CACCCUCUAUAACAAAGGAUCUAGGUAUAAUCAACCAUGAACAAGGGCAUACUAAUCCAGUUAGAACCAAAUAGUGACUUUGAGCAAGACAUACUAAAAGACAUCCAAGACACCAACCUUGAUAGAGAAUACAAAAGCGAGUGGACUCCUAAGAUUGUACAGAUAGUUCAGAAUGAAAAACUUGCCCAGGAAUUUCAAGAUGUCAAAGAGCACUUCACAAGGCUUGGAUACAAUGAGGCUGAGAUGGAGGAGCAUUAUGGAUUUGUAUGUGAGAAUGACAAUGGAGCCCUUGUUAACAUUACAACCAAUGGGCUGAUGACACAAGAUUCUGUACACAAUGUACUUGGCUACAAUUCACUUGGGGUCUAUGUGUGUAAACAUGCCGAUGUGUGUAUACAGGAGGCGUUGGAGAAGCCAGGGGGCAGGGAUCAGCAAACAUUAAGGAUGGCAGUAUUUAAGUUCAUGUAUGGUAAAAGAACGACUGCUGUGCCAAGAGUGAGUAACGCGACAGAGUUCAUCAGGCCCACACCUAACUUUGAUUGUCACAUCUCUGCACUCCCAUCAUUCCCACAUGAUACUCUUCAGGCAAAGGCUGACAAAGCACAGGUUUAUCUGUUUGAGAUGGAUAGUCAGCGUAAGCCAGUACGUCGUCCAAGACUUUGCAUGCCAUAUUGUGUGGUCAGCUUAUCCCGCCAUUCACAGAUAGUCAGUCCUGUGGUUAGUACUCUACCACAAGCCCAACCAAUCAAUGCACAGCUAGCAGAGAACCCAGCUCUACAGGAGAUAGUGAAUGCCAUCAAUGCAAGACCAGAAGCUAAGAUAGGUGGGCCAUUUGUGAAUGCUUCCACACCUCCAGUCUCCCCACUAGCUGUAGGAAUUCCAGACCAGGCCCUCCAGUUAGGCACUGUAUCUCCCAAACUUGCUGGGGCCCCAGUUAGACCUGGUGUACCUAUGCUUGCUAAGCCACCAGGCAUGCCCAUCAUUCCUGGUCAGGUGCUACAUCCCCCAGGAGCAGAUGGUUUACUAGGCUGCCCUCCUGGUUUACCUCCAAUCAUGAAUGGACAUCAACCUGCUCCAGCUGCCACCCCUCCACUCAGACCUCAAGUAGUUUUUCCAGGGGGGCCUAGAGGUAUCAUGGAAAAUCCCAGGCUGAAGCACAUAGUGGAUCAGAUCAAUGCUAAGCCAUGGGCCAAACCUUGGACAGUUGCUAAGAGAGGUAGUCCACCAAUGAAGCCAGAUGCAAAUGGCCUAGAGAUGAGACCUCCAGCCCCAGGGUCCCCAUACAGACCUGCCUCUCCACAGGCUUCAAUUUUGGGGCAGCCUGGUCAUAAUGUUGCAGCUGCAGCAGCAGUCAACUACACUGGGCGUAGUCUAACCAUCCCAGCCACUACCCAGUCAAUCCAACCCUCCUCCCUACAGCAACUCAUGCCUGGAAUUCCCACUAUGACAGGCCUACAGACAUUACCAAGUCUACAAGGAAUCCCCGGUGUACCCAGUCUACAACAGAGUCUUGCAGGACUCCCCCAGGGUUAUGCAGGUAUGCAGCAAGUGCCUGGGAUACAAGGGAUGCAACAGGUUCAGGGUAUGCAACCAGGUCUGACAGGAGUCCAGGGCCUAGGUGGUGUACCAACCAUCCCAGCCAUGCCUGGGGUUCAAGGAUUAUCAGCAGGUGGUCUAGGCACACUCCAAGGUAUCACACCCAUGCAAGCUUAUUCACAGGCCCAGUCUCUAGGUAUGCUCUCGCAGCAAGCACAACAACCUUUCAUGAAGUUUAUUGACACUCCAGCUGGUCAACCAGCAGUCCAGUCCCAGUUAGACCUCCUGGGUCUCCCCAGUCAGCUUGCCUGUGCCCCCUCCCUCGCCACAAAUCCUGGUCUACUUGGGGCACGUCCUCUAGAACUCUCAACCAUGUCAACUGCCCUACAGGCGCAAGCCACUCAUGAUGCAGGCAGGUAUGGCAAACGUUCUUUCUAUGAUAUGGACUUUACCCAAGAGAUGGCUAAGCGUUUAAGAAAAUUCUAGUGGAUAUUCCAAUAAGUAAAACAUUUACAAUCUGAAGAUUUCCAAAAUGGAUUUGUCUUUAUCCAUAUACGCAACAAGAGACCCAGUCUAUAGCAACA